AUUAACAAGAACUAAGUGCAGGAGAGAGCCCAGAGCCUCCGACAAGCAACUGCUUCUGACUUCACCCACUGAGGCUUUACCCAGGAAGACCAGGCCUUGUGACCCUGUCAUUCCUGUCAUUUUGAAGUCUUUAUCUCAAAGGCUUCGUUGUUUUGUUUCAGUUGGAUUUCUGGAAACGUUGCAAUCAUGACGACGGCUGUGGAAGUCACCGGGUUCGUUAUGUGCAUAAUCAGCUGGUUGGUCAACGGAGCGACGCUGUCCAAUGACUACUGGAAGAUUUCCACCGUGUCCGGCAGCGUCAUCAUCUCCGUGAGGCAGUUUGAAAACUUGUGGCACUCCUGCGCCGAGAACAGCGGCGGCAUUGCCGAGUGUAGAGACUUUGAAUCGCUGCUCUCCCUCCCUGCUCACAUUCAGGCAUGUCGUGCUCUGAUGAUUAUCUGUCUGCUACUCGGCCUCGGCUCCAUGAUCGUGUCACUGCUCGGACUGAAGUGCAUCAAGAUUGGCUCGGCCACCGACCAAUCCAAGGCCAAGAUCGCAUUCACCGGGGGAAUCCUGAGUAUCCUUGCCGGUCUGUGCUGCAUGAUAGCCAUUUCCUGGUACGCCUACAGAGUUGUGCAGGACUUCAACAACCCGUUCUUCGGUGGUGUGAAGUUUGAGCUGGGUACCGGCCUCUUCCUGGGAUGGGCUGGAGCCAGUCUGAGUAUUCUGGGUGGAGCUUGUCUCUGCACCGCCUGUAAAAGAGCGUCACCUGGAGGCAAGGCAGCGGGCUACUAUGGAAACAAGCCACAGAAGGUCUACACAGCUACAUCCAAGUCAGAGUCAGAUGUCAAAGCUUACGUCUAAACACACACACACAUGCGUCAUACGAUCUGUAAGGACACUGUUUAGGCUUACUUCAACCUGGUGAUCCUGUUUUACGUAAACUAAAACAACAAAGUUUUAAAAUAAUUUGUUUAUUUGAGGGGACCGGCUGUCCCCAGGUGGGAGGACAGUCCCCACAAUGACUACAAGAACACACACACACUAUUACAUGUACUGUAAACACACCAUGUCCUCUAAUGCCAGGAGAUUGACUGGAAUAUGGACAUGUAGGGAAAUAUUAGCUUUUUUUUUAUGUGACUUCUGAGUUUUUGAUAUGAAAUCUUAAAUCUAAAUCUAGGGAAAUACAUUUGUAGAUGAUUGUUCAUGAUUUUUAUCCUGUUUGGAGUUAAUAAUUUUCUGAAUAAAUUUUGAAGUUUUUUUCAAGUUGAAGUGCCUGCAUCCAUGUCUUUUGUAAAAAGUCACUUUGUAGUUGCUUUGUGACUCCAAUAUGUCUUAAUGAAAAGUUGAAAAAUACAUUAAUAAAUACUUAUACCUGGUUACAACUACA